UGGCACAAAUGUAUCUUUCUCACCACCUCAACCUGUGAUCCUUACACCAAAGCCAAUAAAACAAUAAUGGAGAUUUCGUAAGGUGAUUUGUCGACUGCGGUUAAAGUUUGAUGGUGCUGAUAGUUAGACAUUUAAAGCCAGAUGUUCACAGCAUUGGUAUAGUCAGGAAGGACUGCAGAACGUAGGCUGAUUUAAUAGAAUACUCAACAAGAGGCCUGUUCUGUGUACAGGAAAAUGGUGCAGAAGUCUAUUGUGGUGGGUCUUCUCUUGCUGGUGCUGGCUGCUGUUGGCACGUUUGUGGGAGUUUUCUUUGGGGUACGGGGCAAAACAUCCACAUUUGAACCGGGACUCGGUUACUUUAAGGCGGCGGUGGCUGCGGACGCUGGGCCAUGCUCAGAAAUCGGCAGGGACAUUCUAAAGAGAGGUGGUUCUGCUGUAGAUUCUGCCAUCGCUGGUCUGCUGUGCGUGGGUUUGAUGAAUGCCCACAGCAUGGGCAUCGGAGGAGGACUGUUUCUCACUAUUUAUGAUGCCAAAACAGGAAAAGUCGAAACCAUUGAUGCACGUGAGACGGCCCCAGCAAAAGCAACCAGAGACAUGUUUGGAAAUAGCACUGACCUUUCCCAGAAAGGUGGUUUGGCCAUUGCCGUUCCUGGGGAGAUACGGGGGUAUGAGUUGGCUCAUAAACGGCACGGCAAGCUGCUAUGGAAAGAGCUGUUUUUACCAAGUAUAAAACUGGCCCGGAAUGGCUUUCCUGUGGGUAGCGCUUUAGCCAGCGCAAUAAAAUCAAACAGAGGAACCAUUACGAAUGACAAGGUGUUAUGUUCUGUGUUCUGUGAUUCCACUGGCAACAUCUUGCAAGAAAACGACACCAUCACUUUUACUAAACUGGCCGACACUUACGAACUCAUAGCAGAGAAUGGGCCUGAAGCGUUCUACAGCGGACCAAUCGCUGAGAACCUCGUGAAGGACAUCAAAGCUGCAGAUGGGAUAAUAACUCUGGAGGAUCUGAGAGAUUACAAACCAGUGCUGGAUGAAACCCCCCCGACCUCUACCGUGGGUGAAUUCACAAUGGUUGCUCCCAACGCGCCAGCCAGUGGCCCAGUCCUCACGUUAAUACUCAACAUCCUGAGCGGUUUCAACUUUAGCCCAGACAGUGUCUCCACCACUGAAAAGAAAGUCCUCACCUAUCAUCGCAUAGUAGAGGCGUUCCGAUUUGCAUACGCCAAGAGGUCCGUUUUGGGGGAUCCAAGAUUUGUCAACAUCUCCGAUUUCAUCCAGAACAUCACCUCAAAGGACUACGCUGACAUGAUCCGCCACAAGAUCACAGAUAAUACGACUCAGCAAGAGAGUUACUACGAACCUGAGUUCUUCCUCCCGGAAAAUCACGGCACAUCACAUUUGUCAGUGGUGGCAGAGGAUGGUAGCGCGGUCGCUGCCACCAGCACCAUUAACCUAUAUUUUGGCUCCAAGUUUAUAUCAAAUUCAACGGGAAUUCUACUAAACAAUGAGAUGGAUGACUUCAGUUCGCCUUUGAUCACAAACAACUUUGGAGUUCCACCUUCUCCGAACAACUUCAUUGUCCCAUCUAAGAGGCCCAUGUCUUCCAUGUGUCCUGCCAUCCUGCUGGACAAAAACAAAAAAGUUAAAAUGGUGGUUGGUGCAUCUGGUGGAACGAAGAUCACCACAGCAGUCGCACAGGUCAUCUUAAAUGCACUAUUCUUUGAAUACGACCUGAAGAAGGCAGUAGUGGAUCCAAGAAUUCACAAUCAGCUCAGUCCAAACGUAACAGAGGGAGAGCCUGACUUUGACAGGGCUGUUUUGGAGGGUCUUGCCCAGAAGAACCAUGUUACAGAGGUAUCAAAGUCUACCGGUGCUGUGGUUCAGGCCGUGGUGCAGUACAAUGCUGGACUCAGCGCUGAGUCAGACCCUCGUAAGGGAGGCUAUGCAGCUGGCUACUGAUGUCCGACUCAGCGAUCCAAGUUUUCAUCCCAGCUGCAGGCAGUAGAGAUGCUAUGAGACACCUAAGGACACUUCCAUUAAAGCUGCUCUAAAACAACAAGUGCCUCUGUCAGAGAGUGAUCCAGUUGAUUUUGGUUGAAAAGAGACCAAACUGCAACUACUUUUUUACUGUACAUCUUGCCCUUGCAGUUUAGGCAUGAUGAUGAUUUCGAGCUUGAUUACACUUCCUACUGCUUGACGCAGGAAGUAGGAAUUUUAUUGGUGUGUGUUUUAUCUCUUUUGACUGCUGAUUAAACUAAUUCAUUGUGAUUUUAUUUUACAUCUGUUCUGAUAAUUACAAACCAAGGAUGUAUAAAUAUUAAUAUUGUAAAAUGUGCUACUGUGUAACUGUAUUUAUUAAAUAAAUGUUUGGCAUUUGAA